UCUGUGUUAAUUGUGUGUAGAAAUAUUGGCAAUAUACGAAAACGAAAAUUUAAAUAAUAUUUGCGUCUUAAAUGUAUAAAGCAAAAAAUAUAGUUGUAGUUGAUUUCAACAACUAGUAAUGUUAUAAUACAAGCUGUAUAUUUUUUUAAACAAGCAUGAUCAUUUCAUCACAAUUAUGAGUAAAUAAAAACAACAAGACCCAACGUAAACAAUGUCUAACACAUCUAGUAAUAAAAAUCAUGUGAAAAAAUCCACAAGUAGCCGUGAUCGUGAUAAAAACAAAUCUGUGCCUUCAGAAUCUGGAUCUAGUCAGUGCGAUACACCACCUCUCAAUGACAAGGAUGGACCGUCAUCACAAGGCCGAUUUGCUGGAGUGGGUCUUGAAUCUGUGUUUUGCAUGGCAGAACAAGUUGCAUGUGAGCUCAACGUUGAGGCCGCUACGAAUCUUGCUGAGGAUGUCAGCUACAAAUUACGACAGACCAUAAGUACCAUAGCCCUACAUAGUGAGAUGAUGAAAAAGUCACGUGUCGACGCAUGGGAUGUCAAUACUGUGUUUAUGUUAACCGACACUAGUCCUGUGGCAGGAGCAUGUGGAUCUCAGUAUGCUUCCUUUGGAGAUGAUAACAAAUAUUGCUGUCAAAUUGAACAUCUUCUAAAUGUAACGGAAUUCGCCCUAUCCACGCAGACCUACGUGUAUUGCUCGCCUCCCACGAUAUCCGUCGAAUGGAUAAUGGACGACAAAAGUUUAAGCAGUAGUAGUAGUAAUAUAAGUGUCCAACUACAUAAUUACUACACUAAAGUAGCCAGAGCCAUAUUGAACCUAAGGAAGAAACCAAAGGAAGUAGCCGUCGAAGAUCUGCUGACGAACACAAGGAUAGGUCCGAUAUUCCCGAACCUCUUCAACCUGGCCGUACUGGUGCUAAACGAUGACAACCUAAAUGCUCUCAACGUUCCCGCCAAGAAACCGCUGCAGUCCAACGUUUUGGACAUGGUGGACGCGCUCUGCUCUAACCCCUGCAGUCUGGAUACAAAUAUACAACAGCAAUUCCAAAGGCUGUUUCCUGUGAUGGUCUCAAAUAUAUUGGGUAAUGGAACGUUAGCCGAGAAGAUGGUUGCGAUAUUAACGAAAAUCACACGUACCUGGCCUUCUUUUGUUAAAAUAGGACAGGGCAUCCUGUACGAUUAUUUGUCGCAAGGCACCCGUGACCGUCUGACGGCGCCCAUGAUCAAGUGCGUGACGGCGCUCGGCAGAACGGCGCUGGCCCAGUGCUUGGAGGACUACCUGGACUACUUGGACGAGUGCAUGCAGGGCCCACGACCCCCGCCCCACCACGGAAUGUAUAUGCUCAGGGAGGCUAUACUGGAUGCUUCUACGUGUCUCCUCAGAUCUGAACCCACGACGUAUUUGGAAGACUACGUCACCACCGACUACACCAUGUACGAGAUGCUGGGGGAGUCUAUACUGCCCAGGCGGCUUGUGUUCCCCGUCUCAGCAGCAGUCAAAAACGAUAACUCUCCUGCCGAGAAGACCGAAGAGGAUUCGGUGUGCAUUCCCCGACGUCCCGUGCCGAGGAGACCGAAGUUCAGAUUGAUACCUUCGACGAGGACCAACCGGAGUGUCCACAGGGACGCCGUGUUCGAACCCACCAAGUUCCGGUGCGACGCGCGCAUCAGCAUUAACGUGCGAGCGUGCCGCGCGCCCGCCGGGCCGGGGGGCGGGGGGGCGCGUGCGGGGGCCGGGGUGGCGCGUGUGGGGGGUGGGGGGUCGGGAGGCGCGGUGGCGGCCGCCGGGCGCCUGCACCGCUUCCGAUACAGACUGAACAAAAAUCGUGAACCGUUACCGCUGUUAAGUUCGCUAAUGCUGUGAGAUUUGGAUUAAAUUAUUUUUUUAUUAUUUAAAGC